CAUUUUCACUUCAUUUCAAGAAGUUUAUAAUGUUAUUAGAAUAUUUUAAGUAGAGCUCUUAGUUAAGUGCUCUUUAAUUAAUAGCUAUUAACAAUAGAAAUAUUAAAUAAAAGUGAUACCGAAAAUGGCGGCAGUCGAACGUUUUGAUCUAGAAAAAGUUGCACAAAUAUUUCAAGACAGUUUACGAGACGAUGAUGAUGUUGCAAUGGAUGAUUAUUUAAAAGCUUACGAGGAAAUAAACAAAUUUUUUCAUUUAUUGGGAUCGGUAUUUGGUUUCGUCAGCAGUGAUGUGAGAUCAAAAAUUGACAUUUUAUUAACGUUUCGAAAGGAAACGGAUGCGGAAAAGGCUGAAAAAUUUGUUACUAUUAAAUCAAUGAUGUCAUACGAAAAGGAUGCUAAUUUAUUUAAGGAUACUAAAUAUGUUUCAGGCAGUCGUACUCUGUUGCGUUUGCAUAGAGGUUUAGAGUUUGUUUAUGAAUUCCUCAAUCGUUUGACAGAAUUAAGUGAAAGUGAUAAAGUUCAUAAUUGCUGUAAGACUUCCUAUGAGGCCACAUUAGCCAAAUAUCAUCCUUGGGUUGUGCGUAAAGGAGCUUUAGUUGCUAUGUAUGUCUUGCCAACACAAGGUGAACUUUUAAAACGUGUCUGUUGCAAUGUAGAUCGUGUAGCAGAAUUUCUACCGGAAAUGUUAAAGAAUACUAAGACGGUGUAUGAUCGUACGCAGGCGCUAUAUACUCUCUAUGAUUUGCAUCAUUUACCUUAAGUUUGUGUGCUGUAGUAAUGUAAUAUAUUCAAACUUGAGAUUUAUGCGCUUCAUAUUUUAGAAUUUCUUAUAUUUAGUUUACCUUUAGUUGGUUUUAUUGUUUCAUUUUAUUUACAACUUUGUUUAAGACAUUAUCAGUAUUUAUUGUUAGUGUAAAGAAAUUGUGCAGCUUUAAGUUUUUCUUUUUAUUAAAUCAUAUUAUUUACUG